AGGAAGGAAGCACCGCCAGUAGCUGUUCUAGAUUCUUGAUGACGGAGUGAGCAAAGAAAAAAAAUUAAAAAGGCACUCCUGAUUUGCCUCCUGACUUUGAGAGAGCAGAGAGCAGACUUGUUUUAUUUGAGGGGACAAAGCUGUAGCCCUGAAAGAUGGGAAUGCUGGUGAGAGCAGCCGUGCUUGUAAGCCUGCUUCCGUUCUGCAACGCUCUCCUGGACCUGACGGGCCCCAGUGAGAUGGAAGGCAUAUGGAAGGGGUCUGCUGUCCUGCCAUGCACCUAUGUGCCUGGGGAGGACUUCAUGCAGCACACCCUCACGUGGUCUGUGGUGCAUGACCAGAGUUCUGGUGCUGUCUUCCGGAGGGAUGCCUCUGGGGAUCAUGUUCUCCUGUCUGAGUACAGAGACAGGGUUGAAGUCCCAAAGAACCUGCCGGGGAAUGUGUCUCUCCACAUCCUGAAACUGGAAAUCUCUGACAGGGGAACCUACACUUGCCAUGUCACCUGGACAGCCAGCAACAAUAGUCUGAUAGCAAAAGAGAUCAGCACUAAAGUUGAGGUUGUCAAAGUGCCAGCGACCAAGCCCACCAUCAGGGCCGGAGCGCUGGGGCUGAUGGUGCCAGUGGGAGCCAGGACCAGCCUGACCUGUGUGGCCCACGGGUCCCCACCCAUCAGCUACCGCUGGUUCCGAGCAGUGCCGGGGGGGACAGCCCUGCUGCUGAGCAGCCAGGCUGAGCUGACGUGGGACAGCCUGCGGCCUUCCGACGCGGGGACAUACUACUGCGAGGCAGAGAACAGAGUCGGGGCAGGGGUGGUGCAGCGGAGCGAUGCCGUUGAGCUGCUGGUGAGAGGGUCCCCAGUCACACAGCCACCCACACCUGGGACCAGCCGGCACACAGGACCCCCACUCACCUCAGAAGGCAGCGAGGUUCCCCAUGUGCUGGCAGGUGAGUGACCCGGAUGGCAGGGAAGGGCCGGUUCCACCCUGCUGGCAUGCAAAUGGCACGGGCUGUCAGAGGGACAAGUCCACGUGCUGGCCCUCUGGGGCUGCAGAUCCUCUCUGGAGAAGGAUGGAAAUGGUCCCUCCUGUUGCCUGCAAGCAGGAGCUCACACGGGGGUGGCUGAGGCAGAGCCACCCCGGACAGCAGCCGAGCCAGAGCCAGAGCUUGGGAGACCAUGGGCUGGGAAACCAGG